CCAAAAUGUUUAUUUUCCUUUUUGCCUUUGUCAUCAAACCAACCAAAAUUCUCUGUUUUAUUAUAAUUAUUACUUCAUCAAACUUAAACUCAUUUCCUCAAAAAAAAAUGGUGAGUGGCUUCAUUUGUGGUACUCAUAGUUUCCCGCGUGAAGACGAUGAAUAUGAACGACAAACUCGAAGCGCGGAUUCUUCACCUAGGCGAUCAAGAUCCAAGAGCAGCAGCAACAAGAACCCGUAUUCGAGCCGAGGGCUAGACAAGUUUACAGCUCUUCUAGCAGAAAUUGAAGAAAAAAGACAGCAAAUCUACUCACAGGUUGACCCUGAUGAAAUCUCCCUUGUUCGUUUCUCCUACUCGGGCGAUCAUGAUUUCAAGCCCAUUGUAGUCAAGGCUAAGCACAAGGCUUCUCCUGAUCGAGUAGUCGAACAACCAAAAUCUGAUACUGAUUUAAAGACAGCUCAUCUAAGGAAGCUGCAAUCUUCAAAAUCAUUGAAUGUCAGAGAAGAAAAUAAAGCUGAAAAUGAGAUUAACAUGAAGAAAAAGAAAAUGGGAUGUAUCAAAAAAAUAAGGAUUGAACAAUGGAAAGAACCCAAAUUGAUAUUAUUAAUGGUUGUUAUAUUAAUCUUGGUGUUCUUGGUAUUAUUUGGGAGAUCAUUUGCAAUUAUGUGCACUUCAAUUGGAUGGUAUGUUAUUCCUACCAUGUCAAAAACUUCUGUUUCUCCAACCAACUCGAAAGUUUCGAAGAAAGACUACACGAUUCGAAGGCUAAGUCAUAAGACACUUAUGACAAAUGAAAGGCACAAAAUCCUUUAACAAAACAUCUAAUGGAAGAACUUAACAUCGAAACCGGCAUUUGAAAGUUCUUACAUUUGACUAAUUCUAGUCUAAUUCUAAUCAUGGCUGCUUUAAGUUGUACAUUUUGUUAGUGCUGUUCAUAUUGUUUGAAAAUCUUGAUUUUGUUUCUUAAUUUAAUUUAUGUUGAGUUUAGGAAGCUGAACUCUAUUUGGGAUAUGAAUCUCUGUAUUUCUCUGUAAAUUACUUAGAAAAGAUAAGGAUAGAGGAUGAACUGAGGGUUGAAGAGGACUCUGUUUAAUGUUCUCUUGUAUUUUGAUAACACUGAUUCUUGUUUACGUGUUGUAUAUAGUUAUAUACCUUUCAAAUAUGGAGGCUGAUGUAAAUUACUUGUAUAAUAACCCUAAUCCAAAGUUUUAAACCUUGGACUUUUGUAUAUUCUAGUGAGGAGAUCUCGGCAUUUUACGGGCUCUUCUGUCAA